GCUACCUCCGAGGUACUACCUUACCUGCCUGUGUACCUACUACCUAUACAGUUCCUGUCCACCGUACAACACCACUACCUGUACAACACCACUACCUGUACAACACCACUCCCUGUACAACCUACUCAUCAUCAACACCACCACCACCGUCACCACCACCAUACCAUGCGCGAUCCCUUUCGAGCACUGGCGCCGAAGCCACUCGAAGCCCUCUCCGUCCCUCUCGCCCGCGCCCUAAACCUCCCCGCUCUCCCGCUUCACGCCCAUGAGGUCCUGUUCGCCAUCACCUUCUAUGCCUUCCUGGCGCAGGUCGUGUCGCCUGCCGUCUCGCGUCGUGUGGUGCCGAGUAGAUAUGCGCUGAUGGAUCGUCGCUCGCGCAUCAGCUGGAACGUACAUGUGGUCAGCUUCGUGCAGAGCUGUGUGGUGAAUGCGCUGAGUCUAUACAUCAUCUGCUGUGACGAGGAGCGACAGUCGUGGCGCGGUGCUGACGCGUGGGAAUUGCGCAUCUGGGGUUAUACUGGCCUUAUUGGGCUGACUCAGAGUCUGGCGCUCGGCUACUUUCUGUGGGACUUGUACAUGUGUGUGCGCCAUGUGCACAUCUUUGGCUGGGGAAUGGUCGCCCAUGCUGUUGCGUCCAGUGCAAUGUUCACCCUCGGUUAUCGACCAUUCAUUCACUUCUACUGCCCUGUCUUUUUGCUCCAUGAGCUGUCUACCCCCUUCCUCAACGUCCACUGGUUCUGCGACAAGCUCGGUCUCACGGGUUCUAUCUAUCAGGCUGUCAAUGGAGGCUUUCUCAUCGUCACCUUCUUCGCCUGUCGUCUCGUGUGGGGAGCAUAUGGCUCGUGGGGAGUGUCCCAGGACAUCUAUCGAGCCAUCUUCUCAGAUAGCUACAUCACGUCUGACGCCUCGAGCGAGAAAAUUGCCGACUCGUUGCGCCAAGUGAGCCUUAUGGGCUCUGUGUUCCCAGCCACGGCGUCUCCGCAAGACCGGCGACUCCCUCUAUGGCUCGGGGUCAGCUAUCUGCUUUCGAACCUCAUCCUCACUCUGCUCAACAUGUUCUGGUUUUCGAAGAUGAUCGAGACCAUUCGAAAGCGCUUUGAUCCGCCCAUUGGAACAAGAAAAGCAGGCGCUGCGGGUAACGGGCGUAAAGACAAAUAGUCACCUGCUGAUGCUGAUGCUGAUGCUGCUGCUGCUGACAUGAUGAGCUACUCUAUGUCGUUUUCAUGCUUUCCGAAUCUUGGACAUGUACAUAGCAUUGCAGAGUAUACAAGUUGACCCAGGACAGGCUGUCGUUUCAUGUCUUUAUUGCGCUAGCCGAUGUGAGGUACCGUCAGGAUCCAGUCUGGAGAAGCGUACGCAGAUGCUGGCAGAGCCCGCAGCGAGACAAACGCUUCCACGACAACAUAGGUGCGGGCAACAAAGUACAAAGUCCCACCAAUGAACGCGAGCAAGUAUAUCAGGUUGCGACUCCAUUUGCGCACAUUGCCGUCCAGGAAGUCGUACCAGUACAACCAGACCGGACUCGCUACAUGGCCUAGGAAGUUCAGGAAGGACCACAGUAACCCGCUGAAGAUGAUAUACGAGGAGGAUGCUCUCCAGAACCAUGACUCGAUCACAGUGGGAAACUUCUCGUUCCAGCCUGCCAUAUGGAUGGCGCCAUACACGGUGGUCGCACACCACAUGACCAUUCCCAUGAGGUGGCCCUGCAUAUGUCGGAUUUGAUCAUCCCCGGGCCAGUUUCUCGGACGAUCGAUUACGAGUUCCUCGGACAUGAAAACCCAGUCUUGAGAUUGGUUCAUUGUCUCCGAUAGAUCUUCCAGGCUACGCCCCUUGAAGUGAAGUUGGAUAUUGGGUGGCAUUUCCGGAUACCGCUGCAGCGCCUCCCGAUAUCUCAAGUGCUCGGCGUUUUGCUCUGGAACUUUCAUCAUCUGCUUGAUGAUCGGGUAUUGCUCAAUGGCUUCACAGCAAUGUUUCCAUCUCGUUUGCUCCAUCGCGUCUGCCGUGGCAUGUGCUUGGUCUUUGUCAACGGCGAUUACCACGUCGCCCUCGGCUCGCGAAACGAUCUUUCCUUUCACUUGGCCUCCGCGACUCGAAAUUCCAUGAUCGGAGGAUAGUUUGGGCUCCGUGGCUGGGUCAGUGUCGGUUACAGCAUCGACUCCCACUCCAGAGUCGCUCGAUGCUUGCGGCGAUGGCGUCCUCUCGCAGCGAUACAUUACGCCUGCCAACUCAGUCUUGACUCCAAAGUUGCGGAGGAGGUCCUGCUUGCGUCGAGCGGGGCAGCUGACUUGACUGGACAUAUACAUGAAGGCCAGCAACGGACGAGCCCAUUCUCCGCGGAGGAUCGUGGGUUCGUUCACCCAUCUAGGUUUAUACCACCACAGUGAGUAGAUCAUGAGUGCGCACGCAACGUGAGCAAGAGUAUUGACCUCUAAAGGCGUGAUUGGGAGCUUUACCGCCAGGCGUGUAAUGGCCGAUGCUAUCGUCCAUAUGAUCUGAACGCAGCAUAUAAGCUUGCCCGUACCGUCUGUCUUGCUUUUGUCGAGGAUAUCCUGCUUAUUGACAAUCGGGAGAAGGCCACACCGUGCCAGGAGCUGUACGCCGCGAGGGGUCACAUGAAGCCGAUCGAAUCCUGGAAUGAACGGCUCACCAUCGAGAUCGGAAUCUGUGAGGUCGAAGACAAACCCACCCAUACCGACGUAGAAGCUGUGGACGAUGGUCCAGUCUCUCGCGGCGGUGUAUGUCUUUUCCGUUUGAGUAGCCUAGUGAUAUCAGCGUCGAAAUGCGCACUGCUGCUCUAACAGCAAUGGACUCACCUCGUGCACAGACUGCGUCAGUACGCGAGCAGAAAGGUACUGUCGCCAUGCCACCCAUAUUAGUAUUUCAGGCGCGAACAGCCCCACAAUACUCCAUUUGAAGUACCUGACCGUGUACUGCGUGGAACUUUCGCCCGGCUUGGGCAAGUCGAGAUGGAUUGCCGACCAGACACAUAACGACAGGGUCAGCAAGCAGGUAAACAGUAUGCUCAGUGUUCCACGGCCAUCAGGAGAGUCGACGAAGCCCACGAGGGUGUCGUUGGUAGAGGUUGGGUGAUGGAAAGAGAUCUCGACAGUCAUGUUUGUUUCCCACUCGAAAGACAGAUCUUCUUUUUGGAGGGAUUCGGCUAUGUUAUG